AUGUGUGACAUAACUGCAGCUGGCUAAGGGCUGCUCUUUCAUAUAAGGGCCUUAAACCUGCAAAUCUUCAGUACUUCUGUGCAGACCAGACUGAGUGAGUAAAGAGCUUCUGUUGUAUAUUUUAGAUUGAUCUCAAUAUCCUGUUGUGAGUAUGAAGUUGCUUAUCUGUGUCUCCUUGGUAAUGUCCUCCAUAGGACUGCUUGUGGAGGGUUUGUCUACUGGUGCACCUGCUGCUGCCUGUGAUAGCCUCUCCCCCGACCCAACUGCACAUCUAGCCCAGCCACAGACCACCAGUGAUGUCCCCUACACCAUUAGUCUCAUGCCCUUCUAUAAUGCUAGUGACAACACUUUUACGUUCUACCCUGGAAUGACCUACACCUUGGGGAUCACUAAUGCUACUAGUGGAGCAGCCGCUUUCAGAGGAUUUUUUGUGCAAGCAAGGCUGAUGAGCGAUGAUACUACUCGUGUUGGAAUCUUCGGUCCAACAGGGCCAGUGGCAAACCUAAGCAGACUCAGCAGCUGUCCUAUUAUGACAGAUGGAAUCACCCACAACUCACGUGUUGAUAAAGACGCCAUGUAUUUCACUUGGACAGCUCCUAUGGGUUACACUGGAAGUAUCAGAUUUGGGUUUGCUAUAGUUCAAACACGGAAUACUUACUGGGCCAAUCAGCGAACGGGAGUGGUUCAGCAGGCUCCAGGAAGUAGUGCAACUGGCCUCACUGCUUCAGUGACCAUCUGGGCCAUUGGAAUCGCACUCAUUGCUGCACUCAAGCCGUUCUGAACUGGAGUAGUACGUAUACUGCAACUGAGUAGUUGAAUAUUCAAAUUAGUUGUGAUCAUUAUUACGAUACUGAAGCUGAACAUUCAAAUUAGUUGAUCAUUACCGCAUUGUCUGUGUAUACAUGCAUGCAAUCAUGUAAUGUACGCCAUGCUGUGAUAAUGCAAAAUUUUCCCAACAAAUUUAUUAUGAUUAUGCAAAA